AAGCUUUAAAUGGAAGAAGCAAAAAAGCAGCUUCAUCAACGGCCAUAACUCAUCCAUCCACGGCGUUUGACGGCGCUAUUUGGUGAUGAUGGCGUUGGUCAACUCAAGAUUGAAGAGGGAACAAUGCAACCGCACAAAACACGAUUCCAGCUUCUCCCAUUGGAAGAUACUGAUUGGCCCUUCUGAUUGGGAAGAUCAUUCCAAAGGAAAGGAAGGUUGUGUAAGAUACAGGAUUCAUAACCUCCCUCAGGAAUCGAAUCCAGGGGUGUAUGAGCUUGGAAUUGCUGUGUCCAAUGGUGGUUUGGGGCGUGAAAUUUCAAAGCUUACCCCUCAUUCUCACCGCAUAGUGGUGGUUUACCUUGGAGAAGCUGACAAUGUGAGAACAAGACUCCAGUGUUAUGGCAGAACAGGUGAUCAUCUGCAGAGUGGCUGUUCGAAUGGUUCUUCUUCCCAAAAGGGGCGCCCCUUGUUUGAGGAAGUGUUUUCACAAGGAUUAUCAAUCAUUUAUAGAUGGGCUCCUAUGCAAAACAAGGAAGAUGCUCUGCGAACAGAAGCUCAGCUGCUCAGUACAUUUGAUUAUGCGUGGAACACAAGGAGUAAUGGUAUCCGGAGGCCUGAAGAAAUUCUUCAAAAGCUUCAAAAAAUUGCUUCAGGCACUAGAACACUUUCAGAUGUGACCAAAGUGCUACUACCAUUCACUCAGAAGCAAGUGGGCAUCCGAAUUAAACCAAGCAAGCUACCUCAGGAAGAUGACAAGUUAGAUGAAGCAGACAAUGGCAGCUAUAAUUUCCUAUCUCGAGUAUUCAGUUUUAACAGAUCACGUCCUAGGAUAGUUCAAAGUACCACUGGUGUCGUUCAGGAGCAGGAGAAUGCUAAAAUUUGUGGAGUGGCAUUGGGUGAUGGUUUGUUUUGUAGAAGGCCACCAGCUGAGAAAAGAUUGAGGUGUCCCGAACACAAAGGAAUGAGAGCUAAUGUUUCCAUUGCCGAAGCAACCAGGGUACCCAAGUCAGAGAGCAAUGUUUCACAAAAAGUGGUUGGGAGUCUUGGUGAUGAAAGUCUGACAGACACAAAUAUAUGUGGAAUCAUCUUAAAUGAUGGCUCCACCUGUAGAAGAAAACCAGUUGAAGGAAGGAAAAGGUGUCAUGAGCAUAAAGGUAGGAGAAUUGUUGCAUCUGUUCAAAAAAGAGGCAACGGAUAUAGAUACCAAAAUGUCAGCCAUGUUGUAGAAGAUUCUCUGCAAACACUGGUAGGGAAUCCUGUUGAUGAGAGUAUCUUGAACACAAAUAUAUGUGGAAUCAUCUUAGAUGAUGGCUCUGCCUGUACAAGACAACCAGUUAAAGGAAGAAAAAGAUGCCAUGAGCACAAAGGAAGAAGAAUUCAUGCAUCCUUUCAUGUAAAUAAGAAAUAACUAGCACUGCCUGUACAAGUUCCAUGCUUAAACUCCAAAAUGAGUUAGUUGAAGUUUAGACAGAGAAUAUUGCUGCACAGCUGAAUGUAUUCAAAAGGCAAACCAUCAAUUGUAGGUAAUAAAAAAAUUCUUGCAGCAGAAACUGCAUUGAUCAGAUGCUGGAAGGGUGAAAUAUGUUUGUAUUAGGAAAUUUCACUUACAAUUCUCUGAAGGCAAGGAAGUAUGUAAUAGUAGUUGUUUCCCA